AUGGUUGAGUCCCCUUCGCGCGCCCCCCCAAACAGAUGGUUUAGCAGCAGUUUUUGCCUAGGGUCUGAGUACAGGGGCUCCGUGAUUGGGGAGGAUCAGUGGGAUUGGCUCGAAGGGCAGCUCGAGGACAGCGAUGCUUCGGUCCACGUGUUUGUCUCCACCCUUCAGGUGUUGACGUCGAACCCACUGGUGGAGUCGUGGGGCCACUUCCCCCGCAGCCGCGAACGCCUGCUAGACCUACUUCACCGCACGAAUCCCCCCGGGCUGGUCAUCCUAUCCGGGGACGUUCAUCACGCCGAAUUGGCGUCGGGUUGGAAGGCGUCGCCUCCAACCGAGGACUCUAGCAGCAGUGACAACGCUCUGCCGCCGGGGCACCCCCCCGUCGGAGCCUCAGAGGGAGGGGCCUCGCGAUGUCCGUUCGCAAAGAACGGCGGCCGGGGUGCUGCUGCUUCUGCUGCUGGGCCGACUACGACUAAGGCUACCUGCGACCGGGGAGAAAAGGACUGCGUACCCACAUCCCCCGGGGGAGGCGUUUCUGAUUCUAGAGACUACGAUGACGACCGGGAGGGGAGCGGCGCAAGUGGUGCCGGUUCGGCGGAGUGUGCGGCGCAUUCGGGCGUGGGCGGGGGCCCGGCGGAUGGGAGGGGGGUCGUGGAGGUGACGACCAGCGGCAUGACGCACUCGUGCCUUUCGGUCCAUGGGAAGACCAUGUGCGAGGCGUACUUGAAGAGGUGGAGGGAGCACCGCUGGAGGGACGAUGCUUUCUACCUUGACAGCAACUUUGGGGACAUCGAGAUCGAGUGGGCCGAAGACGAGAGCACUCCCCAGCCGGCGAAAAUGGCGGUGACCGUGAGAAACGUUGAGGGCACCCCUAUCCUUCCGGUAAUCGAGCACUUCGGGGGCCUGACGGACGAAGAGGAAGAUAUUGGUGAUGGCGAUUCUUCGAAACGUAACCGCCGAGCCGCAGGCUUCCUUCCCUCCGACGCCGCCGACGCCGCCACCGGUACCGGAAGCGGGGGAGGGGUGGCGGAGGCGAAGUACCGGCCGCAGCAGGGGCGGGAGGAGGAGGAGGAGAGAAGACCGAUCGAGAGAACGUUCCUGGACCGUUCUCCGCCUUCGGAGUGCGUUGAGGCCGUUCUUCCCGGGGGAUGCACGGCUAGGAAGGUGUCCGCCGUGGGGGUGUGCGUGCUGGCGUUGGUGCUGUCGUACGUUGCCCUUGCGCGCGGCGCGCGCGCGGCAAGCGGUGGGCGUGGCAAGCGAAGGGAGAAGCGAGAGGCUACCCCGCCGGGUAACGUUCCGGCGUCGGUCGUUGCCGGCGGCGGGAACGGCGCAAAUAGCAAAGGGACUCGAAACGGAACCCGGAACGGAACUCGGAACGGUUCUUGAAGCUCACCAGCCCACGGGAAACGUUCUUAUCGUCAACCGUUGCCGGUGGCGGGAAUCGUGCAAAUAGGAAGGGGUCUCGGAACGGAACGGAACGGAUCGGAACAGAACGAACCCGGAACGGAACGGAAUGGUUCGUGAAAGCUCACCCACCCGCAGGGAACGUCUUAGCGUCGAUCGUUGCCGGCGGCGGGAACGGUGCUAAUAGGAAAGGGUCUCGGAACGGUUCCUGAAGCGCACCCACCCGCGACGACCACGAUCGGUCCCCAGCUCCUACUCAUCGGUGUAAUCAAUAUUUUGACACUCGAAUGAGAGGCUCGAAACCGCCGUUGAAUUUGCUGGUAUGUUACAUGAAGAGAAGAAACGGCGCUGUUGGAUGUCUUUAGUGUUUCAUGCAAAAAACAGGACUGUGGAGAAGGACGUGAGGGUCCUGUUUGCUUGCUCGAUUGACGUGUACCUCUCUUUUUGUAAAUGUACGCUCGAAGCCGUUCAUCGGUGAUUGCUUGCCACUCGGUAAUCUCACCCGGGCGUCAGUUGGUUGUUGAUCCUAGUCGUGGCGCUGAUUGGCGGGGGUUCGGAGCCAACCGUGGAAAGUGAGAGCCGUUCUCAAGAACGGUGCUGCUCGUGACGGCGCGACUUGUACGGGCGCCUCGAGGAGCAGUCUUGUGUUUUUCAUUGGUUGCGUCACGUGGUUUGGUUUUUGUCCAUAUUUGUUGUUUUUUGUUGUCAUUGUUGUUUUUUCACACUGUCAUUAUGUCUCGGUCUUGGCGGAGGUCCACUCUCGGGGUCAGGCUUUGGGAAGUAGACUGUGGGAAACGGGUAAUGAUGCCUCUCUCGUUAUCUGUACCCCCCCCCCCCCCCUCCCCGCCCUAUGGGAUGCCUGCCGGCGGGCCGUACUAAA